CCCGUAAACCCACCCUGGUAGAUGCUCUCUCCUUUGCCAGCAAUCUGCCGUUCUUUUCAUCUAGCAACCGAAAAGUUUCUUUCCAAUUCUUCAAGUUUCUACCAAAACAUCGAUUUUUAUCUUUGCAUCUUUCAAUCGGAACUCCGCGGGACAAUCAGAAUGGCUGACCUUACAGAACUUAAUAAUUGUUUAAGACAAAUUAAAGCAAGAAGACAAGCAACAAUACAGCCUCAACUCGCAAUUCCCCAGAAUGCUAUAGGUGUAAAUCCUGCUGAAGUUAUGGCAUUAGAUAUGACAGAUCCAAAUGCUCUUCUCAAAGCUCGAUUAGCAAACCUGAUGAUGGAGCCUGUUUCAAUUCCAGAGGCAAAUAAGACCAUGUUCUUAGAUUUUCCCAACAUAAACGCAAAUCUACAAGUCGAUGAAACGGACUUUCCUGAUGACAAAUACAUAAGAGCUGAGGGGUAUUUCAUAUUUAGAACAGAUAUAAAUCAUCUUUGUCUGAUUGGAAGACAAGUAAUUCCAAUGCUUUCAAGUGGAUUCAAUACUGAAGGAGUAAUUGGUUUAUUAUUACUGGCUUAUAAUUUACGCGUGCCCCGAACUAAUGGAGAAGAAUUUGUAUUUGAGGAGUUGGAUCCACAUUUUUCAGUCAGAGAUGUGGCUGGAGAAACUGUCGUUAGUGUUCAAUACUCAGGAGCAGAGACAGGAAUUUGCUGUAGAGAAUCAGGAAAUCCGAUCAAUGAUGCAAUCUUUUACUGUUAUUUAGCUGCGAGUACGUUGAGACUGUUCACUAGAUCUCCUGAAAAUUACAUUGGUGCUUGGACUAAUAUCAUUGCAAGAUUUUCAGGAUUUUAUGGAUUUACUCCACCCGUGCACCCAUUGGCUCCGACUCAGCUGGCUCUUUCUGGAUUGCAUUCUGCUUUUUCUUCGGAUAAUCGAAUGAGAAUGACACUAUAUAAGAUCAUAUAUAGUACUGGACCUAGUCCCAAAUGUGAGGGAUUAAGAAGAUUCCUUUAUGAGAAUUACUUGGCUAAUACAGGACUUCAUGCUGUUGGGAUCUUUGCACAGCUAUGUGCUUCCUUGGGUGUAGAAACUGAGUUAAUGCUGCAAGUUUGGUCCACUCGGGAGUUUUCUAGACAAAUUGGAGCUUUAUCUGAAUUUGUGAAAAUGAUGACUAAUAGGGAAAAUGGGUAUAACAGGAAAAUGUGGAGAUACGGAAGGAUUUUUAAUGAAAAUUUUAUGUCUACUUUACAGACAAAAUCUUGUCCAAAAUUUGUUUACAUCCUAGCUAGCAUGCUCAAGACUGAAGACCCAGCGAAGUGUAGAAAUAUAUUGGAAAUUGUUCAGAUCAUAAACCUGAGUGAUGAAGUUAAGAUGAAAUGUUCAGCUGUUGGGCAAAACUGGUUAAGCAAGGUAAAAGCUGUUAAGCAUGGUAAGGACCUCUGUUGACCAGAACGAAGCUCAUGAGCCUCUUGCUGUAUGAUCCUGGUUCUUUUCUUCUUUGGACUUCGUGUCUUAAUAAGGAAAACAAAAUGAAUUUAUUUUACUUUUACCCCUAUGAAAUUCACAGUUUAAUUUUAUAUUAUCAUUACUAGUUAGUUAAACUAUAAUUUGUUAGAGCAAUUGGUUUUAAGUUCAAGUAGUUAAUUUCCGUAAUAAUAGAUUAGAAGUAGUCCUCUUCAUUAGUCUUUAUUGGUUGUUGCUGUACAAAUACUUUAGAGAAGUACUUUUGAUUUGUUUAAGAUGACAUUUUCUAGUAGAACAAUACUAGUUGGGUUCGGAGUUCUUUAAA